GCUCAGCUCGAGUCCAGCUGUAGUACUCGACGUAUUUUCAAUCGAGCGAUCACUUGUGCUUGUGGAUGCAUCGCUCCCCUGGCCGAGAUGACAUUGCUGCUCUGUAGAAGCAACCAGGUGUGAGCGCCGCCGCCAAACCAGCAAUGCUUCGCCAGCCUUGGCUGAGUGCAAAGCCAUCCGAGGGCGCUCCUUCAGGGUGACCGAUGGGGUGUUCCUUUCAGACCUUCUGUAACAACAUAAUUGCGCUUUUACUCGGUCAUGGAAGCAUUGCACGUAGCUUGUCUCUCCGAAGCCGAACAAGAGGGUAGGUUCGAAAGCGUCCCAUGCACCUACCACUCCAUAGAGACAUUCGAACAUGGCCAAGCAUGCUAUCAGAUAUGCACCGAAGAACCUGAGAAGGUGGGACGCAGUUCACUUGCCGCGACCUUCUCAGAGCGCCUACCUACAAGACCUCCAGGUCCACAUGUUGUGGCGACGAGCUCGCCAGCACGGACUGGUCUCUUCAGAUGUCUUUUCCAGGGAAGCAGACCAGAGCACGUCAGCGGCCGCUCCGACUCGCUGCCUUUCCGUGACAAACACAGUUUACAAUCAUUCUUUCGCGACUUCGACCUGCCACUGUCUUACCUGCAGAUAGCCGACGGCUCGUUAGGUGUUGCGCACGCACAAACCACAACCGACGGCUCAAAACGGACCACGAAAUAUACGUUCAUCGCGCACUGUACUUUCAAGCGUGGCGAUUGGGCGAUGGCAUUGAGCCACGAUCGGACGAGAAAGUGCACGUCGCUCUUUUGGAGCGUAGAUAAUCGUGUCAAUGUUCGUUCGAUUACGCAGAAUCUGGAGCACCUCAAGGAGUUCGCCUUCCAUCCCGUCCUUGCGCCAUGCAUUAUGUUCAAUGAGCUCCUACGCGUUGCCCUUGAGCGACGUCGCGCAAUCAAGAAGAAGAUUGCUAUACUCGAAGAGACCGUCGGAAGACUCACCAUGUCCACUUCGCCGUGGUCACACAAUCGAACCGUUAGCACGAGUGGAUUGCAAGACAUUGAACAUCUGAUCAAACUCCUGAACAGCUGCAGAAGCGAGCAAAUCAGCCGUGAGGGGCGGUAUCACCUUUGGACCUCCGUUCACAACGCGAUACAGGUAGGCUUCGCCUACGCCGAGAAGGCUCUAGAUCACGUACCUCAGCCCGUAUUCCUGAAGGCACACUGUGAACUGCAGGACUGGACGGCACUGAGCUGGCGGCGAUUGGAGAGCUUGAUAGCGCGUGAUGUUGAUCACGUCUCGCGCGUCGACAACGUCUCCAAUACGCUGUACAAUCUUAUCCAUCAACGCGACAGUCGCAUUCAACUGGAGAUCGCAAGGGCGUCCCAACGUGACAGCGAAGACAUGAAGUUCCUUGCACUUCUGGGUUCAGUGUUCCUUCCAGCAGGGUUGAUCGCGGUGAGCGCAUGGUCGUAAUCAGACAUGUAGAUGCACGAAGGGCUAACACACCUCAGUCUAUCUUUGGUGUGCAGGAGUUCCAGUUCAUGGAAGGCGGGAAGCUGUUUGGUGCCUACGUAGGGAUCACAGUAUCCUUC